AUGCCCACCCCGGGGUCGGUACCAGCUCCAGUACCAGUCCCUGUUCCUCAGUCCGUUCCGCCCCAGUUCGGAUCCGGAUCGACCGGGGGCCCAGCGGGUCAGUUUGGAUCGGGAACUGUUUCAGGCCCAGCUGCCCAACCCGGCCCACCGGGUUCUCAGUUCGUUUUGUCCAACUCGGCAGCCAUCAGAGCCGAAAUUCACAGGUUCGAGUCCGUCCACCCGAACAUUUAUGCAAUUUACGACUUGAUUGAGCGCAUCGAUGAUCUGGCCCUACAGAAUCAGAUUCGUGAGCACGUUAUCUCCAUUGAAGACUCCUUUGUUAACAGCCAGGAGUGGACACUGAGCCGAUCGGUACCAGAGCUCAAAGUGGGCAUUGUGGGAAACCUCUCCAGUGGGAAGUCAGCCUUGGUUCACCGGUACCUCACAGGAACCUAUGUGCAGGAGGAAUCACCUGAGGGAGGACGAUUUAAAAAGGAGAUUGUGGUGGAUGGACAGAGUUACCUCCUGCUGAUCAGAGAUGAGGGGGGUCCUCCAGAGUUACAGUUUGCUGCCUGGGUGGAUGCUGUGGUGUUUGUCUUCAGCUUGGAGGAUGAGAUCAGCUUUCAGACAGUGUACAACUACUUUCUUCGCCUGUCCAGCUAUAGAAACACAGCAGAGGUGCCCAUGGUUCUUGUGGGGACACAAGAUGCUAUCAGUGCCACAAACCCCAGAGUGAUUGAUGACUCACGAGCCCGAAAACUGUCCAAUGACCUUAAGCGCUCCACUUACUAUGAGACCUGCUCUACUUAUGGCCUGAACGUGGAGAGAGUCUUCCAGGACGUUGCUCAGAAGGUGGUUGCCUUGAGGAAAAAACAGCAGCUCUCAAUUGGUCCAUGCAAGUCUCUACCCAACUCGCCUAGCCACUCCUCUGUCCCAGCUGCACCCAUACCUGCAGUUCAUCUGAAUCAGGCAGCAAAUGGUGGGGGCACAUUCAACGACUACUCAUCCUCUGUGCCCUCCACCCCCAGCAUAAGUCAGCGAGAAAUGCGCAUCGAGACCAUUGCUUCCUCCAACACGCCCACACCAAUCCGCAAGCAGUCAAAGCGCCGUUCCAACAUCUUCACAUCACGAAAAACCAGUGAGCAGGCAAAGAGCAUUGACAGUAGAACAGACAGCAUAGGCAGUGGAAGGGCCAUACCAAUCAAACAGGGAAUUCUCUUAAAAAGAAGUGGAAAAUCCCUUAACAAAGAGUGGAAGAAGAAGUAUGUCACACUUUGUGAUAAUGGCCUCUUGACUUACCAUCCCAGUUUACAUGACUAUAUGCAGAAUGUCCAUGGCAAAGAAAUUGAUUUGCUGAGGACCACAGUCAAGGUACCAGGGAAAAGACCACCAAGGGCAGUGGCCACAGUCGCUCCCACAGCCAGCCCCAAGACCAACGGUUUGACAAAGGACCGCAGUGGCCUACAUCUUGGAGUAGGCCCUACAGGUGCAUCCCACUCAAACAGUAGUGGCUCUCUGCAGUUGGUGGGUUCAACUGGUGGCGUGGGUCCAGUAGGCUUCAGCGGACAUAAGGAGGCCAUACACCAACGCUCUUUCUCUAUCUCCAGUGCUGAGCAGUGGAAUGAGGCAGUCAUGAACACCACCAAUGGGAUGUCUGAGCCAGCCAGCUGUACCCCUGGCACAAUGGGCACUGCCACCAGCCCCAAGCUGGAGCCUCCACCCUCGCCACAUGCCAACCGCAAAAAACACAGACGAAAAAAGAGUACAGGCAUCACCAAGCCAGAUGGACUCUCAGCAGGGAAUGAAGAACAAGAAGAGUCCUUUGAGUUCAUCAUUGUGUCUCUGACGGGCCAGACUUGGCACUUUGAGGCGUCCACAUACGAAGAGAGGGAGCUCUGGGUCCAAGCUAUUGAGAGCCAGAUAUUUGCAAGUUUACAGUCCUGUGAGAGCAGCAAAAAUAAGUCCCGUUUAGGAAGCCAAAGUGACGCAGUGGCCAUCCAGUCCAUAAGGAAUGUCAGAGGCAAUAGCUUCUGUGUGGACUGUGAUGCCAGCAACCCCGACUGGGCCAGUUUGAACUUAGGAGCUCUGAUCUGUAUUGAAUGCUCCGGGAUCCACAGGAACCUCGGUACCCACCUGUCACGUGUGCGCUCUCUGGACCUGGAUGACUGGCCUGUGGAGCUGAGUAUGGUGAUGACAGCCAUAGGCAAUGCCAUGGCCAACAGCGUGUGGGAGGGAGCACUGGAGGGUUACACCAAGCCUGGACCAGAGAGUAGCAGGGAAGAGAAAGAGUGCUGGAUAAGAGCUAAAUAUGAACAGAAGCUGUUCCUGGUGGAGUUGCCACAGUCAGACAUACCUCUGGGCCAGCAGCUCCUGCGGGCAGUGGUGGAGGAUGACCUAAGGCUAGUGGUGCUCCUUCUUGCUCACGGCACCAAGGAGGAGGUGAAUGAGACAUACGGAGAUGGAGAUGGUCGCACAGCACUCCACCUCUCAUGCGCCAUGGCCAAUGUGGUCAUUACCCAGCUCCUCAUUUGGUACGGUGUUGAUGUGAAGAGCCGUGAUGCACGUGGCCAAACCCCUUUGUCUUAUGCCCGGCGAGCAGGUAGCCAGGAAUGUGUCGAUAUCCUCCUCCAACAUGGCUGCCCCAACGACAACUGUGACCUGUCGACACCCACAGCGACGAGACACAACCCUAAUGUCAACAAUAACAAUGCUCAUUGUGAUCUGAACCAGAGCUUUAGUGUCAUGUAG